UUGUUGCAGGUGCUUAUUUUAGUCCACCGGAAACGAGACUAGAAACUAGAAAGGGUCAUGCAGCAGCUGUCAUCCCACACCCGAACCCCUCUCUUCCAGCGCAGCGCCCAGCCACGGCCCCCCUUCUCCUCGGCUGGCCGCCUGCCUUGCCAUCUCUCUCCCCUCUCCCCUCUUGACAUAUCCUUGCUCUUGCUUUCUUGUGAGGUGGAGAGACCGGGAGGUUAUGGAAGGGGAGAAGUAUACUAGGAAACCUAAGGGGAGGGGGCAACCGCAGGAGGCCAGGUCUCUCUGCCUAGCAAUCCGGCCCGCCCGAAACCACUAGCAGAGUCCGGGCGGGUUUAGUUUUGCUCUCCCGGCCCUUUUGUCCCCGGCCACAAAGAUCAUCAUCGAUCGGGGACUAGCAAGUCCAGAGCGAGUCCCAGACACCGGAGGGGAGACGAGACGCCGGCGGCAGAUACAUACGGUGCGAGCGAGCGAGCGUGCGGCGUCAACGUAAGAUGGCUGCGGCUUCAUCGUCCUCCUCUGGCGCCGGCGGGUCCCCGGCCCACGCGCCCCCGGGCGGCGGCGGUGGUGGCGGCGGGGGUUCCGGGGGCGGGGCCCCGUACCACAACCGGUCGCGGUUCGGCGACACGACGCUGACCAAGGUGUUUGUGGGCGGCCUGGCGUGGGAGACGCCGUCCGACGGGCUGCGCCAGCACUUCGAGGCCUACGGCGAGAUACUCGAGGCCGUCGUCAUCACCGAUCGCGAGACCGGCCGCUCCAAGGGCUACGGCUUCGUGAUCUUCCGGCACCCUGACUCGGCGGCGCGGGCUGUGCAGAACCCGAACCCGGUGAUCGCCGGGCGGCGCGCCAACUGCAACAUUGCGGCGUUCGGCCCGCCGCGGCCCGCCGCGCAGGCGAGAGGUAGAGGAGGAGGAGGAGGAGGAGCCCGGGGGCCCCACAUGCAGGAUCAGCCGCAGCUUGGUCCGCCCUACAGGGUGCCGUCGCAGAUGACCCCGCCUCACGGCGCCGCCGUGUUCUACCAUCCCCAGUACGGGUACUGGUACCCACCUGAUUAUCCAUUCCAACAGGCAUUGUACAAUCCUCAAGUGCUGCAACAUUACUACCCUCAGAUGUAUGGUCCAACCUCCCCUUCAGGACCACCAUACCAAUACAUGGGGUACAUGCCCGGUGGCCCGAGUCCAAGGACUGGCUUCUCGUCGUCGAUGCAGCAACCUGCACGGCCCCCAUUCUUUCAGCAGCCAACGGCACAGAUGGAGGGUUCUUUCCCAUCGGGGUCUUCACUCCCACCUAAUUUCAGACUCCAGCUGCCCCCUCAUACAGUCUCAAGGGAAUCUGAUGAUGCUUCCGCAGGAUCUCAAUCAGCUCCACCAACCUCUUCUGCAGAAGCUACAAGCACAAACAACCAGGAAGCUUCAGGGCCUGUAACGUCAAAUUCAGAUGCAAACACAUCAAACUGACUUGCUGAAAAUCCUGGCAAAAUUAUCUGAUAUCAAACUUCUGCAGACUAUUAGUGGUCUGAUAGAGUCCAUGAAACUCACAUCUUGAUUGAAAAAGCAUCCAAAGAUUUGUUCUUUCAUUAUUUCCGAUUCUUUUCUAAUUCUUGCAAUGCAUUUCUUCGCUGAAUCAAUUGUACGGCCAACUGAAUUUCAAGUUAAAAAUUCAGAAAUUCGCCAGAAUAAGUUCCAGCAGCAUUUUACUGUCCAAA